GUCAAUAAUCCAUUUCUCUCUGUCUUCAUCUAUCCAACAACCCCCUCGGCUCCUCCUUUUUAUCACAACCAAAAUGGCCUCUGUGAAAAUCCCGAAACCGCUCCCCACUCUUCCAGAAGAUUGGAACUCUGAAAGCAACUUUAUUGUCCACGCACCACUCUCUCCUGCAGUUCACCGAAAUCUCUCACCAGCGGGGCCCCACUUCCUUGCCCACGCCCGCAGAAAGCGUCAUUCUCGCACUUUUAGUGAAGAUGACCGAAUCCAAGCUCAGCAGAAUGUGAAGAACGUUGAGGAUGAGGACGCUGGAGAGAUCAGUGAGGCUGAAAGCCCUGUGUUGCUUUCUCGUGAUCCCAAGGAUUGGAAGAACCAAGAUCACUACGCCGUUCUCGGUCUCUCUAAAUACCGCUACAAGGCUACCGAAGAGCAAAUCAAAAAGGCUCACCGUAAGAAGGUUCUCAAGCACCACCCCGAUAAGAAAGCCGCCGUUGGAGCUGUCGAUGAUGAUUCUUUCUUCAAAUGCAUACAAAAAGCCAUGGAAAUUCUCUCGGACCCUGUCAAGCGCCGCCAAUUCGACUCUGUUGACGAAGGAGCCAACCGUGAUCCACCCAGUAAGAAGUCUAAGGGUAAUUUCUACAAGGGAUGGGGACCAGUCUUUGAGUCCGAAGGUCGUUUCUCUCGCAAGCAGCCGGUGCCCAAACUUGGGGAUGACAAAUCCAUCAAGGCUGAAGUCGAGGAGUUCUACAAUUUCUGGUACAAUUUCGAUUCCUGGCGUACGUUUGAAUAUCUCGACGAGGAGGUCCCGGAUGACAAUGAGAACCGUGAUCAGAAGCGUUACAUCCAACGCAAGAACAAUGCCUCCCGCGCAAAGAGAAAGACGGAGGACACUGCUCGACUACGCAAGCUUGUUGACGACGCUCUAAGCCUAGACACCCGAAUCAAGAAAUUCCGCGAAGAAGAGAAGAAACUACGAAACGCAAAGAAGGAUGCCAGGGAAGCUGAGGAAAAGAGACUCGCAGAGGAGGCCCGUAUCAAGGCCGAGGAGGAUAAGAAGCGAAAGGAGGAGGAGGAAGCUAGAGAGAAGGCACAAAAAGCCGACUCCAAGAAGGCCAGGGAGGCGGCCAAAAACGCUGUCAAGAAGAACAGACGCGUUCUCAAGGGCUCCGUCAAGGAUGUUAAUUACUUUGCAUCUGGGGACGCAACCCCCGCCGUUAUUGACAGGGUCCUUGGCGAGGUCGAGCUUGUCAUCUCGAAAAUCGACAACGAGGAUCUCCAAACUCUCGCUAGGAACCUCAGCGGUACGAGGGGCGCUGACGCCAUUAAGAGCACAUGGGUAGAAGCUGUCGGCGAAUUGGUUAAGAAGGGAAAUGCAAAAGUGGAGGAUUUCAAGGUUUUUACAUCUUAACGUACACCUAUAUUUAUAUCUAUCGGGGGUAUGAUGAUGAUGAUGAUGAUGAAGUCCUUUGGGUUGCUCCAAGAAAAAGCAAAGCUACAUAGAGCCCCGCAAGUUCAUGUCCUAAAAAGCGUUCAUCCCUUUCUUCGUUAUUGUUAUUAUUUUAGAGUUUAUGUGGGGUAGAAAUGGAUGGAUGGCCUUUUGA